AUGUCUAAGGGAGCCAAGGGCGCGCAGGCGACCUCCUCCUCCUACGAGGUCCGCGACAUCGUCCUCGCCAAAGUGCGCGGCUUCCCCGCCUGGCCCGGCAUGAUCGUCGACCCGGAGGACAUACCCGCGAACGUGCGCAGGGAGCAGCCGAACAGCAAGAAGACGACGUUCUACUGCGUGCGCUUCUUCCCCGCCGGCGACUACGCUUGGACGAUCGCGAAAGAUCUCUCCAAGCUGCAAAAACACGAGAUCGAGGCGUACAUCAACGAGCCGUUCCGCAAGAACGCCGACCUCCUUCAGGGAUACAAGAUCGCGCUCAACCCCGAGAAGUGGGAACAGGAACGCGAGGCCGCGCUCGAGGCAGAGGCCGAGGCGCUCGCCGAGGUCGACGAGCUGGAGGGCGAGGAGGAGGAGGAAGAAGACGAGGACGCGCCCAAGAAGAAGAAGGCGGUCGCGAAGAAGAGAAAACGCGAGAGCGAGAGCGCGCCGGCCUCCAAGGCCAAGGCGACCAAAGCGAAGGCUAAGAAGGACUCGGCCGAGCCUGCGGGCAAGAAGAAGGCGACCAAAACCAAGUCAAAGUCAAAGGCGGUGGUGGAAUCCGAGGAUGAGGGUGCAGGAGAGGACGACGCGAAGCCCUCCCCGCCUCCUGCCAAGAAGUCUAAGCGGGAGGAGGAAGAUGAAAACGGUACGGGCCUUCUGAUGGACUGGAGGCAUAAGCUCCAGAAGGCGUUCUUGGGCAAGAAUCCAUCACCAGACGAAGCCAUGCCCGACGUAGAUAAGCUCCUUAAGGAGGUGGAAGAGUACGACGGGAUGUCUAUCGCAUAUCUCCAGUACUCAAAAAUUGGCAAAGUGAUGCGACACGUCACCUCCAAGAAAGACGACGAGAUCCCUCGCAACGACGACUUCAAGUUCAAGGAGCGCGCGCAGGCGCUCGUGAACAAGUGGUCAACGAUCCUCAGCGCGUCGAAGGGCUCGAACGGUACUUCGGAGGAGGCGAAGCCUGCAGCGCACGGAGACUCGAUGGACGUCGACAAGGCGGAAAAGCCUGAGAAGGCGAACGGCACCGAAGAACCGAAGGAGAACGCGGAGGCCGCGGAGGCCAACGGCGACGCCGCUGCGGACGGCGAUGCGAAGCACGACGUGUCCGUGCCCGAACCCGAGCCAGAGACGGAAGCGGGCGACGUGUCAGCCCUCGCCGACGUUACGAUGUCGGAGGCAUGAAAUUGUUUUGCGAAGCGGGGCGAAUACUGCUUGUGGGGGAGUUUCUGCUCGCCCCUUCGCUCCGGCGAGACGUUGUAUGAUUGUGCGCGGGCGUGGAGAUGCGCACGACCGUUCGGCGCGCCGAUUUUCUCUCCUGUGUCUCGACUCAGCCUUUAAUCCUUAUUCGUGUGCGCGACCUCGACUUUUCGCUCGUGUCCAGCGUCGUUUCAACGCCGAACUCGUAUUCGGAGGGCGGCGCAACGGACCGUUCUACCUCAUUUUUUUUUGGUACACAUGUCCUUUUUGUAGCCUAUGAUACGAUCGUAUGUGUAGCCUUUAUGGCUUGUAAAUAGCGCGUGAACGUGCGUAUUGGGCUC